AUGACAGCCUCCAAAGCCCCGGCCAGCUGCCACCAGCUGCGGGAGUUUGACAGCGUCAAGGACUCCAUUGCCGACCUCAUCAACCAGCUGCAGGACAUCGACCCGAGCCGCCUCUCCUUCUCGCCCUUCCUGGACCUGGACACCCAGAUUUCCCUGGCGCCUGUCUCCGACAGCCCCGAGUCCUCCGUCGAGGAGCUGCGCUCCACCUCCGAGGAGGAGGCCUCCCUCAGCCAGGCUACAAGCGACUCUCCAGGGCCAGAGGCUGAGCCAGUGGAGGGGAUGCGGAGCCAGGGAGCUGGUCCUUUCCUGGGGGAGGACCCCCAGCCUUCCACGGUGCAGGGGGACGCUGGGCUUCCCAUGGCAAUGGACCCCAAAGACCCCAUCCUUCCACUGGGCUGCAAUCCACGGGAGACCGGCUGGGCAGGGCCUAGAUACAGUGUGGUGGUGGCAGUGCCCAAGGAGACCUGCUUCCUGGACAGGGUGGGGGCAGAGACCCCCAUGGUGCGGCACAUGGAGCAUCUGCCCACUGGCAGGGAGCCAAGCAGGGCACAGCCCCACAGCGAAGGGCCAGCAUGCCCCACGGCCAGUCGGCCUCUCCCCAGGGAGGAGCAGCCGUUCCUCGGCUCGGGUGUGGAGCUGGUUUCCUGUGGCCCCGAGGAGCCCGCCCCUCGCCCACCGGGGAAGUGCUGCGGCUGUGGCACCAGCUCCCACCUGAAGGCUGUGUCCUCAGUCUUUGUCUCACUGCUCCUGGCGCCCUGGGUCCUCUACGGCCUCUAUUAUCUCCUGCCCUUCGAGCCGCCGCUUUGCCCGGACCUGGCCAGCCGUGUGGCCUUCGCCCUGCGCUGCCUCCUCAUCGCCGUGGUGCCCAGCAUUCUUGGUGCCAUGUUCGGGGCUCUCGCCAAGCUCUGCUCGGUGGCCAUCGACCCGCUGGACACACGCUCCCCGCCCGUCCUGCUCCACCGGAUGUACAUCACCAGCUCCACGGAGCAGCUUGUCAUCUUUGGCCUCAACACGGUGGUGCUGGCCACAUUCCUGGCCCAGGAGCAUCUGCGCCUCAUCCCCGUCCUGGCUGGGCUCUUCUCCAUCGGCAGAUGCUGUUACUGGAUCACCCUCCACGUCGGCAGCGCUUACCGCGGCUUUGGCUUUGGCAUCUCUUUCUUCCCGGCCCUGGCCAUGACCGUCUACAACUUGUUCUGUCUUUACGACCUGGGCUUCGCCUUCCUCUUCGUGCCCUCUCCAGCGGGUGGCGGCGGCAGCAGGGCCACACCAGCCCCCACGCAGGAGCCGGGGAGCCAAGGCACUUGA